CAGAGCUCAGAGGACGCGCCAGCGGCUGCUGAAGAUGCUGUGUUUCUCCUGGGCGCUUCUCCCGCUGGUUGCUUCUAUCCAUCCGGAAUGCAAGAUAUUCCAACAGGUGGUGAAAGACCAGGCUCUAUGUUUAGAAAAAAAUGAAGCUACUUUACCCAUCUUAAAAGGAUGCCCAGGGGAUUGGGAUGGACUGAGUUGCUGGCCCAAAGCCACUUUUGGAGAAGUGGUAAAAGUUGCAUGUCCCGGUUUCUUUGAAGAAAUCACCAACGUACACGGUUUUCUGCAAAGAAACUGUACGCAAGAAGCAUCUUGGUCAGAACCGUACCCACCGUACUCCAUUGCCUGCGGAUUCGAUGAAGGUUCCAGUAAAGGCCCUGAAGAUCAGAAAUCAUAUUAUUCUGCAUUUUGGCAUGUCUACACCACUGGCUAUGCGACAUCUCUGACUUCACUCAUUACAGCUCUCGUUAUCUUUGCCAUCUUCAGAAAAUUCCACUGUACACGGAAUUACAUCCACAUGCACCUUUUUGUCUCUUUCAUCCUCAGAGCCUCUGCUGUUUUCAUUAAAGAUGCUGUUUUGUUUGCUGAUGAAAAUAUGGACCACUGCUUAAUGUCAACGGUUGCAUGUAAGGUUGCAGUCGCAUUCUUUCAGUUCAGCAUUUUAGCCAACUUCUUCUGGCUCCUGGUAGAAGGGAUGUACUUGCAAACACUGCUGCUGUUGACAUUUGUUUCUGAUAAACAGUACGUGUGGUGGUUCAUUUUGGUUGGCUGGGGAGCUCCCAGUGCUGUGAUGUCUGCUUGGAUCCUAACCCGAAUCUACAGACAGAAUACAGGAUGCUGGGAUGAUGAUGAUGAGAAUACAGCAGUGUUAUGGAUCAUCAAGGGACCCAUACUGCUAUCUGUAUUAAUGAACUUUAUUAUAUUUGUCAACGUGAUCAGAAUUCUGGUGCAGAAAUUACAAUCUCCAGAGGUCAGCGGCAGCCAUUCUAGUCAUUUUGUGAGACUAGCUAAAUCCACACUGCUCCUGAUCCCACUCUUUGGAGUGCACUAUAUCGUGUUUGCGUUUUGCCCAGAAAGCACUGGAUUGGAAGCUAGACUUUAUAUUGAGCUGGGCUUGGGCUCCUUUCAGGGCUUUGUUGUCGCCCUUCUAUAUUGCUUCUUAAAUGGAGAGGUUCAGGCUGAAUUACGGAAGCACCUGCACGAGUGGCAGUACCACGAGUACCUGAACUUCACCCGCAAGCCUCGGACCCUGUCCAGAGAUAACAGCCCCGUUAACUAUGUCACUCAGUUAUCACUGCUUGAAAAAAUCAGCCCUACGAGGAAAACGUCCAUCUACCGGAAUGGCACGUCCUCCGUGUGAGCCUCCCAGAGCAAGCGGAGGUGUUGCAGAGUUGUCUCCUGAAAAAUUAAAGGAGGGAUGGCCAAUAUGGAGUCUCUGUAGGGUGACCGUAUUUCCCUCUACGGGACACCGGGUAGAAUUAUUUGUAUUCAAGCCGUUCCGUGGCAAUCAGUCAGAACUAUGCAGGGCAAACGUUCAAAUUAACAUCAAGUCGACUGAGCCCCCGUUAAAAAGAAAUACUGCAGUUGGAUUCUUUUUAUUUACCUUCUUCUCUUUAAGGCUCUAGGGUUCACACAGGGAGGGGUGACUCACACAUACUCCCGUAGGCCUCUCUCCCAUGGUGGGGGGGGGGGGUGACUGACUGACCCGACCCUCCCUGCCUGGUGCUCUCUGCUCUCCAUGCCUGGCUGGGCCCCUGGGACGGACCCGCUUCUCCUGGUACCUGGUGCCGCGUCUUCCCAAGGUGACACGUGGGGUCACAUGCCCCCCCCCCCGCCCCCGGCCCCAGAUUUUGCCAGGGUUUACACCAGAAUGUGGCCAGCGGCAGCCUUUCGGGACUGUAUGGGAGGGAAGGGACGGGAGCUGCUUCUCGCCGCUGGGGAGGAGGAGAGGGGAAGGGAUGGCCUGGCCCUUGUCUUUGCAGAGCUCAUCUCUCCUCUCCUCCCUCUGCCCCCCCCCACCCCCCAUGGCUGGAAGCAGCUUGUCCCUCCCUGCCCACAAUGCCCCCACUGACAUAACCCAAUCACCUCCGGUUCCCCCACCCCACCCCCCAGCUACAGCAUGGGCAGGAAGGGGUUAAGCCCUAGGUUGCAUUGUGCACCAGGGCCCAGUGGAUUCAGCGAACUCAGCCAGAGAGGUGGCUCAGCAGGGCGGGUGCCUAGGGGAGGGAGCAGCCCUGCGCUCCCUGGGGGCGGGCGGGGGGAUAGGAGAUGAAGAUGGUGGUCAGCCCCUGCCUGGGGGGGCUGCUGUGGAGCCUGCAGGUCAAGGCGUGAACAGGCUGGAAAUCGCUUCCCCCCACUCCAGAGCUUAGCUGAAGGGCAGAGAAGCUUCCCCGUGCCAGGGCUGUGCGGGCUUUGGCAUAUGCAGGGCUUGGCUCCUUCUGGCCAGCGCCCCAGGCCAGAGGGUCUUAGGUUUUCCUGGGGCGUCGGCCCAGCCAGAGGCAGUGGGGGAAGGAAGGAGCCUGCUGGCCAGGCUGCUGGUGAGCUGAGCAGUCCCACCAGGGGCUGGUUCUCUGCCCAGUGCUGGGAGCAGGAUGCACCCCACGGGGGGGAUAGGGAGGAGCAGCAGGGUUGGCGUGGGUGAAGGGGCAAAGCAGGGAGAGGACAGCGAGAGGGGGAACGCAUAAAGGGCUGACUGGUGGGCAGCAGAGGUGACAUGUAACUGGUCACUACCUGGCACCUGCCACCAGUGCUGGCCGGAAAUGGACUGGGGUCUGGGUCUUGCUGGCUGCGAGCUGGCAUGCAGCAGGGGCUGCACUGAAGGACCAGCAGGGGGAGCGGCCGGACUCACACGCUGCAUCUUUGCCCCGCCGCCAACCUUGCAGACCCACCCCCAUCGCCGGCCACUGGAUUGCCCCCCACUCGACACUGGUGGGAGGGCGGCUGGCAAGCAGGGAUCUGGCCAGCAGCAGGAGUGGGAGGGAGACAGAAAAUACGGGACAAUUUGCCCGUUUUUAAGAAAAAGUCAGGACACCUGCAGGAAGGCUUAAAUAUGGGACUGUCCCUUUAAAAACGGGACAUCUGGUCACCCUAUUUCUCUGUGGAUCCUCAUGGUAGAACUUCUUGUCGCAGACAUCUCUCACUCUUCACUGCAAAGUCCACGUCUCAGGAUUUGGGCCUUUGCCAAGUGCUUUGCAUUUAAUCCCGUGAUCUAGAACUGUAAAGUGUGUGUUAAUGCUUGUUGGAAGGCAUCAUCACAAUACGGCCCUGACCCACAGCCCAUUCAGAUCAAAGGGAGCCUUUCCAAAGGGUUCAAGCCCUAUAUCUCUAGUUCCCUCACUAAAACUAGAGAGUACCUGGCUAGACUCCCUCCCAACCAAGUAAUUCAGAUCAUCUCUUUGUUAAUUGCAAUCUUACCUUUCAGUUCCAGCAACCCUAACGUUCUCUGUAAGGGGCCAUCCCCUUAUGCUAUGUCUGCCCUGGGGACUGCGUCAGCUCUUCUUGUAAAAGAGCAUCAUUUUGAUCCUUUGUCUAAAAUUCUCAUUGCUUAACGUGAGCAACUGGAAACGGAUUUGUGGUGUCUUUAUACUGCAGAUGUAGACACAUAAAAUAAAAAUAACAAUG